UAUUCCCUUUUUCUUUUUCUAAAUAUGAUCAGUACACUUCCUUUGUCUCAGACUAUAUCAAAUAAUGAGGUGCCUAGAAUAAGUGGCACAGAGGAGCAACAGGUCGCCAUACAGCAAUUGUAUCAACAAUUCAAUGUUACAGUUGAAAGUGUUCGAGCCAUUGUCAAUAGCUUUAUGGAAGAGAUGCAAAAGGGCUUAAACCACAAAGGUGCUUCAGUACCUAUGAUUCCCAGUUUUGUCACCGGUCGUCCUACCGGGAACGAGACGGGAAAGUAUCUCGCGCUGGAUCUAGGAGGAACGAAUCUGCGGGUAUGUGAGUUUGAGCUAAAGGGUGACGGGAAUUACAGCGUACGCCAACAAAAAUAUAUCAUUUCGGAAGAACUCAAGACAGGAGACGUACGCCACUUGUUUGAUUUUAUUGCAGACUGUGUGGAUAACUUUAUUUUCGAGUUUGGAUCUUCCGAAGAGACACUCGAGCUAGGCUUCACAUUUUCCUUUCCGGUGAAUCAAACCGCGAUUAACAGAGGCACUCUGAUGCAAUGGACAAAGGGAUUCUCUUGUAGAAAUGCUAUUGAUAAAGAUGUUGUCGUCAUGCUUCAAGACGCCUUUUUACGAAAGAAUGUGCAAGUUCAUGUUGCUGCACUGGUGAAUGAUACAGUAGGAACUUUAAUGGCUCACUCUUACCGUCAUCCAGAAUCAUUUAUGGGCGUUAUUCUAGGAACAGGAACUAAUGCUGCUUAUUACGAAAAGCUUCAAAACAUUACGAAAUGGGAAGGAGGAGAGCAGGCAUUUGAUGAUAUGGUCAUCAACAUGGAAUGGGGAGCAUUUGAUCUCGAGAGACGCGUGCUGCCUUAUACUGCUUUUGAUAACAAGCUCGAUCGCGAGUCAAUCAAUCCACGUAAACAACCCUUUGAAAAAAUGGUAUCUGGCAUGUACCUAGGAGAGAUCGCGCGUAAUGUGAUCUUACACCUUGUGGACCGCCGACUCCUCUUUUCUGGAAAUUCGUCAUCAGAACUCAAUGAGCAAUGGAGCUUUGAAACAUCUUAUAUGUCUGCUAUCGUAGCUGACAGUUUAGAGAAUUUAGACGAGACGCGUCAUAUAUUAGAAGAUGAUCUUCAGAUAACAUCGACAUCAUUGGCAGAUCGUCAGAUGGUCCAACUGAUCUGCAGUUUUGUUGGGCGUCGUGCUGCCCGUCUUUCUGCUAGUGGAAUAGCUGCCGUAUUGUCCUUUACGGGCCAUAUAGGAAAAAAUACGACUAUAGCUGUUGAUGGGUCUGUUUAUGAGUUCUUUCCUCAUGUUGAAGAACAAAUGAAAGAGACCCUUUCUGAGCUGCUUGGACAAGAUAUGGCACAGCAUAUCAAGUUUUCAUUAUCUCGUGAUGGCUCUGGUUUUGGUGCGGCUAUUAUUGCAAUGAUGGCGUAUAAAGCUUCUUCUCUAAAUAAGCCGUUGCGUUAAGUCACAGCUGAAAAUAAUAAAGAAUUCCAAGCCCAUUCUUUCGAGCGUGUCAAAUUUGACCAUAACUCGAUACAAUCAUAUUCUCUUGCAAUACCGUAAAAAAAAAAUAUAAAUAUAAAAAAUAGGGGCUCAUGUGCUACUAUAAUUCCAUGGUCAUCGUGCGUCUUUUUUGGGAAGCCGCUCUUAUCUAUCACUUUUAUAAAGAAGAGUACUUUGGCCG